AUGGCACAUCACAAGCCAUGGCCUUUCGGCCGGAACUGUCAUCUUCCAGUGAUUGGCCAAAACGACCAACACAAGGGAAAGAGGAGAGGUACUCGCUAUACGUUCUCUGGGCCUUUUAGAAAACAUGGAGUUGUUCCUUUGGCAACAUACAUGCGAAUCUACAAGAAAGGUGAUAUUGUGGACAUCAAGGGAAUGGGCGCUGUUCCAAAAAGAACGCCCCACAAAUGUCACCAGGGCAAAACCGGAAGAGUCUACAGUGUCACCCAGCAUGCUGUUGGCAUUGUUGGAAACAGACACGUGAAGGGCAAGAUUCUUGCUAAGAGAACUAAUGUACGUGUUGAGCACAUUAAGCACUCCAAGAGCCGGGAUAGCUUCCUGAAGCGUGUGAAGGAAAAUGAUCAGAAAAAGAAGGAAGCCAAGGAGAAAGGUACUUGGGUUCAACCCAACUGCCAGCCUGCCCCACCCAGAGAAGCACACUUUGUGAGAACCAAUGGAAAGGAGCCUGAGCUGUUGGACCCCAUUCCCUAUGAAUUCAUGGCAUGAUAAAUGUAAAAAAAAACGACAGACUUCAAGACUGUAAAAAAAAAAGGGGGGGGGGGGAUGUGGGCAAAAUAAAGGGGAGAGAUUAUCCGAUAGGAACACCAGCCCAUUACUGUCAAGAUUACAAAAAAUAAUAAUAGGUCUGAUAUCCAAUAAGUGUGUAAAUGGGCUUUAGGAACCCGUGGGUGGCUCAGUUGCUUGAGCGUCUGAGUUUAGCUCAGGUCAUGAUCUCACGAUUCAUGAGUUUAAGCCCCACGUUGGGCUCACUGCUCUCAGUGCAGGGCCCACUUUGGAUCCUCUGUCCCCCUGCCCCUCUGCCCCUCCCCCACCCACUCUCUGUCUCUCGAAAAUAAACAAAAAGUUCAAUAAAAAUUUUAAAAAUAAAGAAACUGGCUUUAGCUUUUCAGAAAGGCCGUACACUCUUUCAUUUCUUCUAUAACUAUUUCUUAUAUUCCUACCUUGUGCCAAGUUUACAGUGGUAAACAAGACAGACAAGAGCUUUCAUGGACCUGUGGGGAGAAAGCAAUAAAGAAAUACGAUCAAGAAGAUGCCUUCAGGGGUGCCUGGGUGGCCCAGUUGGUAGAGCGUGUGACUCUUGAUGAUCUUGGGGCUGUAGGUUCAAGCCCCACCUUGGGGGUAGAGAUUACUUAAAAGUAAAAUCUUUUUUUUUUUUUAAUUUUUAAUGGUUUUUUAAAUUUAUUUUUGAGAGAGAUAGAGUGCGAGUGGGGAGGGGCAGAGGGAGAGGGAGACACAGAAUCUGAAGCAGCUCCAGGCUCUGAGCCAUCAGCACAGAGCCCGACGCAGGGCUCGAACCCACAAACCGUGAGAUCAUGACCUGAGCCAAAGUCGACACUCAACCGAUUGGGCCCACAAAUAAACUCUUAAAAAAACAAAGAUGCUUUCAGAUUUCAAUGUUCUGUGAAGGAAAUAAACAGAGAUAGGACAGAGAGUGACUCCAGACCUAUACAGAGAUUGGGGAAAGGCCUCCCAGGAGAGGACAUUUACACUGAGGUGUAGGGUGAUAACUUAAAUGUCAAUGUCCAACAAGGCCAAAAAUAAAAAUGUGUAAAGGUUUACACAUGGUACUGUGUAAACUGAACAGCUUCAUUUUCAUUCUCCCCUUUAAAGAAGAAGCAUGGCCAAGCAUUUAAAAGUCUAUACCAUCUUCUAGAAAAAGUACGAACAGGGGGGCCCUUAUAAACUCUUAUUUGGUGGGGGGUAUUAUACAACCCUUUGGAGAACGUAAGACACCUAAAGUUGAAGGUGCGGGUUCCCUACAACCCAACACUUCUAUGUCAAGGUACAUUCAUUAUUUUUUAAGGAUUUUAUUUUUUUGAGUAAUCUCUACACCCAGAGUAGGGCUUGAACUUACAACCCUGAGAUCAAGAGUCACACAAUCUACCUACUGAGCCAGCCAGGAGGUGGCUUUAGUUAUAUUUUUUGGAUGAACCCUUAAAAGAUCUCUUCUUAGGGAAGUAAGGAAAGGUUCUUUUCAAUUCAAAAUUUGAACCAGAAGACAAAAGUAAUGAAUUAACUCUACAAAUAUUCAUAGAAUACAUAUACAUGCCAGGAACUAUUCAAGGCUCCAAGAAACCCACGGUGAAGGAAACCAUCAAAGACCAGGCCCUCAUGGACAUAAUGGGAAAAUCACACAAGAAACAAAUAAAAAGCUUUACCCUCACUGUACUCUUAAUAUAUACCCAGUUUGUGAUCCUGGUUUUAUGCAAGAGGAAACUGAGUCUCAAGGAAAUUGUCAUUUGCCCACAGCGAGCCAGCUAGAAAGAUGGAGAACAUACUAGCCCAAGACCUUGGCGCCUGAACUCCACUUGGGUCAGUGUCUACCUUCCCCAGUGGAGCCUAUGAGGAAGGCGGGUGUGAAUUUUCCUUUCCUUUCCUUUCCUUUCCUGGGCACCCAUUGCCUGGCUCAUAAAGAGUUGUGUGGUUUUAAGAUAAGAGCAGGUCGUGUACCAUAUUGGAGAACUAUCGGGAAAUAAAGCCUGCUUAAGAGACUGGGAAUGGAGACAGAUUUCAGAAUUAUUUACUCAGGUGUGGGAGUCAAGUCUAAAGAGAUAAGAAAGGGGGCGCCUGGCUGGCUCAGUUGGGAAUACAUGUGACUCUUGAUCUCAGGGCCGUGAGUUCAAGCCCCACGUUGGGUGUGGAGCCUACUAAAAAAAAAGAAAAAAGAAAAGAAAGAAAAAACAAAGAGAUAAGAAGAAGGACCAUUCCUUUCUCCGAGCCAUGCACCGCCCUGAUCACUUCCACCUGACUUCUCCCCCUUUCUUCCUUGAAGAGAACCCCUAGCCAGUCCCUGACAGCAAAAGUGUGACCCAGAUGCUCUCAACCACUGAGACAAGGACGUAAGACGAGACCCUGGCAAGUGCCUUCCAUAAGGGGGCAGUAGGAAGAGAAGUGAAGUCAGGCAGAGGAGAAUCAAAAUCAGGUGUCCCUGUUUAAUUUUUAUUCUCCACUGAUGAGGAAGUCCUGCUUUGAGAUACAGCAGCCCACAGAAUGGGUGAGGAACCCCUGCAUCUUCCUGCCCAGGGGCCAACCCUCCUGCUUCUAUAACAGAAUGGCUCUCAUAGGGACGCUCCCCUGAAUUUGUCUUUUGACACAUUUUUCUUCUAACAGGAAAGUUACAAAUAUACUAAAGUAGAAAAAAAAUCACACAACGAACAUCCCCGCACCCUUCACCCGUAGUCAACAACUCUUAACGAUUCACAUUCGCUUUAGGAUAUUCCCAUCUUUAAAAAUGCCAGCGACAGGGAUUUCCUUUUAUUUUGAUUGUUCUUUGCAUUUACCGUGUGUCUGUUUUUACUAAGUUCCUAAGUGAAAUGUUAGCUUAUUUAUUUUCAACCUUUCCUUUCCUAAAGAAAUGUAUUUUCCUUGUAUCACGGCAAGCGUAUCCCACAUUUUUUCAAAGCAACUCCUGUUUAUAUACAUUUAUGCAUAACUGUGCCCAAAAUGAUGCUUUCAAUAUCAGGGUCAUUUUACAUUUUUUCCUUUCUUUUUUGAUUUCUGCCAACUUCUCCCCCCUCCCUAUAUACUCUUCCUUCUCCCCCCAUAGCCCCUGUGCAGGAU